CACUGAUUGGCAUUCAUAGGUGGCACUGACUGGCACUGAUAGGUGACACUGAAAGGCAGCUCAGAUGGGCUCUGAUAUGUGGCAUUGAUGUGCACUGGUAGGCACUGAUAUGUGGCAUUGAUGUGGCACUGGCACGUGGCACUGUUCAGCACUGGCAGCUGGCACUGAUGGACACUGACAGGUGGAACUUCUGGGGCCACACUGAUCAUCAGGGCACACUGAUCAUCAGUGCCCUGAUGAUCACUGUCAGCGUGACAGCUCAUGAGGAGAGAAAUGCCGAUAACCGGCAUUUCCUUGUUUACAUGUGAUCAGCUGUGAU